CACAGUGGAUCUCUCACGCUGGAGUACAGAGCUGCAGCGCGGACAGGAGGGAGCUGUGACCGGCACCGAGCAGCGGGACAGUGCGCGCUGCCUUUCUUUUGGAAACAACCACUUUUAGGAUCCCGGUGAAACUUGUGAGGAAGACUCCACGGAUCAGCAUGACAUCUCUCACCAACUCCGCGUGCCUCCUCUUCUUGCCUGUUGCUCUGCUCCUGAUGCCGAGCUCAUGCCCUGUUGCUGCAUCUUCAGCGAGAAGGUGUCACUCCAUCUACAAGGGUUUCGCUCAGUGUCUGAUGGCUCUGGGCGACAGUCUGACGGACAACGCCAGCAAGGAUGAAGACACACACGAGAUACACUCCAUCUGCAGGUCAUGGGACGACUUCCAUGACUGUGCCAACAUAGCGAUGGCCGGCUGUCCAGAUGAAGCAGCAGCGGUCUGGGAAUCUCUCCGCCAGGAAUCUAAGAAGAUGCAGUUCUCCGGAAACCUGUACGACAUGUGCUCCAGACGCAACCUCCACCCAGUGGCCUCGGUGUCCCCGCACGGCCCCCCCAACAAGGAGGAGAUCAACCAGGAGUCUCUAAGAGCGUGCACUGAUCAUCUGGGAGGCUGUGUCCACCUUCUCAUGCUCCUGGCUCCUCUUGUGCUGCUGUCGCUUUGGAUGUAGCUACCCCAAAGACUCGUGUGAAUAGAUAUACACUUUGUGUAUUUCUUCUUUCACAAGUCCAUAGACUUUCCACAGUUGUUUCCCCCUCUGCUCUGCCAGUGGUUGUAUAUUUCUGACUGCAUGUUAGUCCGACAGCCUUUUUGAUAAUGUAUCUUUAAACUGCCUGUGCUGUUUCAUGCAUAUUCUCUGCCUUUCAAGUAUCUUCUUUAUUGAAAAAACAGAAAAUGAGAUGCGAAACCACUUUGCAAACCGACCUGAAACACACAUAGUUAAACAGAUCCAUACAGCAACAUUAUGUCAUCUGUCUUUAUCGCCUAUCCCCCAACAUCUAUAGUUAGUUUCUUUAUAUUAGUUUAUCUUCCUCAAUGUAAUAAGAGGGACAUAAUAACGUCCUACUUGAUAAACCCUAAAUGAUGAAUAGGCUAGAUGCCACAACCAGCUAAACUCAUACAUUUAUCAGCUUGAAAGUAUGAAAUAUUUGAUAAUUAUGUAAAUCUAACAUGCCCGGCCUGUUACUACCUAGACCGCUGUUUGACUUAAGUGUUGCAAAAAGUCUCCGAUUGGCAAACGUUUGACCUUCCCUUCUGGUCCUUGAUUGCCUAUGCAGAAGCCCCAGUUUCUGUCACCAACAAGAGGAAAAACCUAAACUAGAAAAUGUUCUGAAAUGUGACACACAAAGCCAAAAAAAGCACCCGUGCCCAAUAGUGUAAAUAGUGUCUGCAAUGUUUUUUGUCUUAGCCCUUGGACAAAUGUCCUUGGUGGUUUUAAUUAUAUUGAGUCAACCUCUUCCUGCGUUUUUAGUCAGGUUUUAGUUUACUCUGAUCAUUUUUGUCUUAUCUUGGUCAAAGAAACCAUGAUAUUUUAGACUUCCUUCUCAGCUUAUGUUGAACAUUUCAGUCAAUCUAGUCUAAAAAUAAAAUACUACCUUGCUUUUUUCCCCAAGCCCUGUUGUUUCAAUUAGUAAGAAAGUAACGCAUAGUCCUCCGGAUUGUGCUCAUUGUGUGCAGCUGUAGUAUAGUUUUUGGACAAGCACAGGAAACGGAGCUGCUGUAUUCAAGAGAAAAUAAACUCUAUAAUAAUUA